GUUCUUGUAAAUUUGAGAGGAACGGCAACUUCCGGGCCGUACCUAUCAUGGCACUGCCAUCACCUUCACCGAUUCAUCUGCUCCGCUCACAUUCCAGCGCAGUGAGCACCCUGUUCAUUUCGACGGACAACGAGAGACUCUACUCCGGAGAUGGUGCAGGACAAGUCAUCGUCACUUCCACGCGCUCAUUGCGACCACUCGCAUCAUGGAAAGCUCACGCCGACUCCCUGCUAGGCGUUGAAGAAUGGGGUUCUCAAAUCAUAACACAUGGGAGGGAUAAUAAAAUUCACGUCUGGGCACGACCUGAAGAAUCCGCUUCAAUCAGACCAGGACCUGCAACUCUAUCGGAUCUAUCAACGCCAACGAUAUGUUACUCUCUGGAUGUGAAUGCCCUCAAUUACUGUAGGUUUUCUCUCCUACGAGAGAGUAAACAGGAAGGUCUCCUCGCUGUUCCGAAUCUCGUAGAAUCAGCUCUGGCAGAUAUCUGGUCACUUCCGUCACGUCAAAGGCUGCACGCAGCCAUAGGCGAUCCACUAGAUACCUCCGCAACAGCAUUCUCAGAUGGCAGAUCGGGCAGCAAAUCAGGAAUCAUCAUGUCAAUACACCUCUUUUACGCUCCUGCAUCUGCUCCAUCAUCCUCUACGUCUGCAAAAGAGCUGCGCCUCUUAUGUUCGUACGAAAAUGGAGGCGUCGUUCUGCGGAAGCGGACUACACCAGAGAAUAAACAGACCGUCGAAGGACGUGGAUGGGAAGUCUUGUGGAAAUCCAAACUUCAUGUGGAAUCAGUGAUGGCCAUGGCUGUUUCUUUAGAUUGCUCUUUUGCGUUGACGGUGUCAGCGGACCAUUUAGUGGGACGGUAUGAUCUUUUGAAGAUCCAGCCAGGGGUCUCAGACGGAAUUGCAUUCAAGAUUAAACAUCCAGGAAAUGGCGCUAUCGCCAUACGCGGCGACGGAAGAGUGUGUGCGAUAGGGGGAUGGGACGGCAAAGUACGGUUAUACUCAACGAAGACGUUCAAGCUGCUGGGAACCCUUGCUCACCAUAAGCAAGGAUGCCAGGCUGUUAUAUUCGUGUGUCCAGUGGAUCCACCUCUGGAUAAUGUAUCUCUUCAUAGAGACUUAAGGAAGGACGACUCUUCUGGUGACGAGGACGAAAUGACCGUCGAGGAAAAACAUGCUCGUGCUCGGUGGUUGAUUGCGGGCAGUGCGGAUGCGAAGGUAUCGAUUUGGGCGUUGAUGAACUUUGAAAAAACGAGCGCAUGAAUUCUUGCCCACGUACAAAUCUAUGAGCGUUCUCUCUCCCUCAUCACUUACCACACACAUUCCCUGAGAAGAAUCUGCGGAAGGAGCUUCCAUUCAAACAACAAACCCUAACUAUUCCCACUGCCCUGUAAUGGCUGUUUCGGUGUCUAGUUUGAAGACUGUAAGCAAUCCACACCUUUCAUUUAUUUUUUAAUCCCGUUUAUUGUCGCCUCAGGCAGACGUGAUGUCAACAGUACAUGUAAUAUACUACUUGGAGGUAUAAAAUUAACCUAUCGACAUGCGCAAAUCGUGCGAACAGCUCUUUUAACAUGUCGACGGUCCAUAUCAAGUAAGUAUAUUCCGUGAAGCAGAUUCAGACUCGGUCUGUCGUAUGACCACCAGCACCAAGCUUAGG